UUUUUUAUUUUUCGAAGGGGAGUUUGGGUGAUUUUUUUUUAUUAUUUUUGGAGUCUUUCGAAAGGGUUUUGGAAGGUCUACUAUCUAAAGAAUGUGUUGUUUUCUGUAAUUUUUUUUCCAUUCCUUUCCUUAUUUUUUGAUUAUAUAGAGGGGAAAUAUUUAAAUUUCUCUCACUCCGCCUUUAUUUAUUUUAUUUUUCUUUUUUAAAGUUGGCAAGGUUUGGUAGCUAACAAUACAAAGCAAAAAUAUGAGAGAAUUAGUGAAAAGAAAAUGUCAACUUCAAUUGAAAAUUUGUGUCGUGGAUAUCCCGAAGAAUUCAAAAUGUACUUAACAUAUUGCCGUCAAUUAGGUUUUGAACAAGAUCCAGAUUAUAAUCACUUGCGUAAGCCGUUUCAGAGGCUCUGUUUUUCUUGUAAAUAUGAGUAUGACUGGAUGUUCGAUUGGAUAGUUCAAAAACAACAACGUCAAUGUGUAAAUUCUAUUGGAUCAAUGACAAAUGUUGGACCUAGUAACUCACAGCCAAAGCUUGUUUCGCGUGUUUAUCAUCGCUGA